AUGGUUCAGGACGAAAUUAAACCUAGCGAUCCUAAUGUUCAUUCAAAAGAAACAAAGCAUGCUGGAAAUAAAAUACAUAACACUUUACAAAAAAUGUUUCAUGUUGAUAAUAUUGAAAAAGCAAAACAUCAAAAUGAUUCAAAGGCAUCUUACAUUAUCUGUAACGAAUCUGAAGCUGAAAAUCAUUCCAAAGCCUCGUCUAUUAAAUCUUCCGAUACUUAUCAUAGUUCACGCGCCAGUAAUUCUAUAACGGCUCAACAACAAAAUGUACGUUUUCGAAAAAAUGCUGACGGCUCUCAUGUUCAUUGUUUACAACCUUCCAAGAGAACUCACAGAUUGCCAAACUUCCUAAGAGAACUUGGAAUUAUUCAUCAUGUUCCUUUCUGA